AAUGUGUCAUUCGCUAGCGGGCUACAGAAGGUUGGCCCGACUUCUCUCAGCAAAGAGACGGCGCGCAGGAAAGUAGUGAGAUCGAAACAUCCUGUAAAAUAGGACUAACUUAAAACAAAMGCAAUAUACAGCAUUUCAGUAUUGUUUGUCGGUGAAAAUCAACCUAAGAGCACAUAGCAAGCUAUUUGGCUGAAAUAUUGUGCUUGCAAACACUUGAGAGUAUUCAAAUUAAGGAGCGCGUCGACGUCGGCCUGGUCAAUUUGGCUAGCCAGCUAGCUUACAGAGCUAGACCUAUCUUGAAGUUAUCGACUGCAGGACAAGCAACAUAAGAGGAAUGAGUGAUGACCUCUGUUGUGGUGGCAGACGGUGGAGGGAAUAUGGUGGAGUAUGUCACUGUCAUGGAAGAGACUGAGCAGAGUGAGGAGAACCUCGGUGAGGAGGGGGAGGUGGUGCAGGAGAUAGUGGAGACUGUAAUAGGGGAGGAUGGGGAGGAGUAUCCUGCUGUGGUGGUGGAAGAGGUGCCCUGUGCCCAGUUGGAGCAGUGCUACGCUGCCCAGGUGCUGGUCUAUGACGACGGGACCUACCUGAUGCAAGACGUGGGAGACGAGCAGGAGGUGGUCACAGAGGUAGUGGAGACAGUAGAGGUGUCGUCACACGGGGGCAUGGUGUGCUUUGAUAAGACCUUCGAGGCGGCCGAGGCCCUUCUUCACAUGGACUCCCCCAGCAGUUUCCAUGGAGACCGCAACAACACAGUGGAGGACGUGAUGAUGGAGACGGUGGUGGAGGUGUCUACGGAGUGUGAGCCCAUAGAGGAGGACAGCUUCCCUAUACCCCCCGACUAUGAGCCUCCGUCUGCCAAGAAGAAGAAAGGGGGACGGAAGCCGAAGACACAACAGCCUCAGCCUGACACCAACGGCAACAAUGACCUGGGGAUCAGGCAGAGACCCAGAGAGGGCAAAGGGAGCACCACCUACCUAUGGGAGUUCCUGUUGGAUCUCCUCCAGGAUAAGAACACCUGUCCCAGAUACAUCAAGUGGAUGCAGCGGGACAAGGGCAUCUUCAAGCUGGUSGACUCCAAGGCCGUGUCCAAGCUGUGGGGUAAACACAAGAACAAACCUGACAUGAACUAUGAAACCAUGGGCAGGGCACUCAGGUAUUACUACCAGAGGGGGAUCCUAGCCAAGGUGGCGGGCCAGAGGCUAGCCUACCAGUUUAAAGACAUGCCCAAGAACAUCAGGGUGAUCGACGAUGACGGGGAGGAGGAGGAGGAGGGAGAGGAGGGGGAACCCUCUGAGCACCACCAGACACUGAUUAUUGACCCUGCCACCUCCACCCAGACACAGCAGAGCUACGUCACCGUCAUACCGACCUCGUCCGGCAACAGGACCAUGCGUUUGGCCAUGCCCAUGGUCAUGACGACGACACUGGGUCAGAUGACCCUCAACUCCUCCACCAUCUUCACCACCCAGGCUCCCAUCACCCUGGGCAACGCCCACGCUGGCGGGCCCAAGCUGGUGAUCCAGACCCUGCCCGCCAUGAUGCCCGCCGGGGUCAAGAGCGGAGAGAAGAUCACCAUCAUCACCAUCCCGGCGGCCCAGCUAGCUCAGCUUACGCAGGGCAACCUUUCAGCCCAGCUCUCAGGCCAGCUAGCUCAGCUCAUACAGGCUAAACCAGUCACCCAGCUGGUGCAGGCUAAACCAGUCACCCAGCUGGUGCAGGCUAAACCAGUCACCCAGCUGGUGCAGGCUAAACCAGUCACCCAGCUGGUGCAGGCUAAACCAGUCACCCAGCUGGUGCAGGCUAAACCAGCCCCUCCACUCAUACUGGCAAAGCCUGUGACUGUGACCCAGCAGCCACCUGCCGCCUCCCCUGUAGGUAAACCACAGCUCCCUCCCUCCACCACCAUCACAAUCACAAUCCCUGUACCUACCCCCUCUACACACCCUGAAAAAGAAGCCAUCUCACCCCACACAGCCCUCCCAGUGUCCACCCCUUCAGUUAGCACGGAGCUCCCCCAGUCUAGCCCGGAAGACCCCUCUGACUCGGAGUCGGCACAGAACCCAGUGGACCCUGAAUCUUGAACUCGAGGCCAAGGGGCCCGACAGCUACUUGACUCCAUAUUGACCCUGUGUUUUGAAGUGGAGUCUUCCCUUCCCAUCCUCCAAUCACUGGGCAGUGGAGCUGUAGGACCAUACAGAGGAGGAGAGCUCUGAACUGAACCUCAGCUAUGGAGCUCCUAGUUACCAGGGAGCUAGUCUUCAAACUGGAGCUGUAGUGUCAUCCCUCCCUCCACAUCAGAAAACCAGGAAAAGAGAUGAGGAUAAAGGGACUUUGUAUACAUAAUACAUAGCUACACUCUCCUACGUAUUGAUUUGGACAGUGAAGCUAAAACUUUUAAUUUAGCUCUAUACUCCAGCAUUUUGGAUUUGAUUAAUUAUUUAAUGUGAGGUGACCGUACAGAAUGUCACCUUUUUUAUUUGAGGGUAUUUUCAUGACUAUCUUUUUCACCGUUUAGAAAUUAAAUCACUUUAUGUAUCUAGUCCCCCCAGUUGAAGGUGUUAUACAUAUUUGGACAAAUUCACUAGUAUAAGUAUUAAAGUAGUCAAAAGUUUAGUAUUUGGUCCCAUAUUCCUAGCACGCAGUGAUAUCAAGCUUGUGAUUCUGCAUUUGCAGUUUGCUUUGGCUGUGUUUCAGAAUUUUAUGUCCAAUAGAAAUGAAUAGUAAAUAAUGUAUUGUCAUUUUGGAGUCACUUUUAAUUUAAAUAUUACAGAAUGUUUCUAAACACUUCUACAUUAAUCUGGAUGCUACCAAGACUACGGAUGAUCGUGAAUAAGUGAGAGAGUGCGAGUUAGAGGCAUAAAUAUCACACCCCCCAAAAAGUGGUGGGAGGUUAGCCUUUCUUGGGGGUAUGAUCUUUGUGCCUCUAACUUUCUAACUCGUCAUUAUUCACAGUUCAUUCAAGAUUAUCAUUAAUUAUGGUAUCAUCCACAUUUAAUGUAGAAGUGUUCAGAAACAUAUUCAAUUUAUUUUGUUUGUGACUCCAAAAUGACACUAUAUUAUUUACCAUUUCUGUUGGGCACAACAUACUCUGAAACACAACCAAAACAAACUGCAAAUGCAUCCAACAAGUUUGUCGUCGCAAGCUUGAUGUAGUCAUUGCAUUCCAGGAAUACCUUAUACCUUCGAAUGGACUAGUGUUUUCAGUUUUUAAAAAACAGUAAAACAGAUAUGUAGGAAAAUACCCUCAAAUAACAGGUGACAUUCUGAACGGUCCCCUCAUAUGAAACAUUUGAUCUCAAAUUUUAAAUGCUGGAGUAUAGAGACAAAUUAAAAGUUUUAGCUURACUGUCCAGAUAAAUAUGUAGGAGAGUGUACAUGCUUUAGAAGCUCUUUGGAUCUCAAACGAUGGGUAAGCCUUAGAUUGUACAUUGAACAUGCUUCUUUUAAUCAAAAACAUAAUAUAAAGGAAGCCUGAAAGAUUUGUGUAAACUUUUUGAUACUCUGCAGCAGGUUACGUACAAUGUAUUCUAAGUUCAAUGCAAGUGUAGUUCUUUUGUCUCGUAGUUGAAAUCUUUGGGUUUUCCUCUGACUGGUUGGUUCCCAUCAUCUGGCUAUGGAAAGUAGUCUAGUCCUCCACAGCACRGUCCCUCCACACUCAAUGUUUUUUUUGUGUUAUUAUAUAUAUUUUUUACUGUUCAGAAAAGGGAGCGAAAGGAUGUUUGUGUUAAGAAAAGACAGAUCCAGAUGGUAUAUUCCCACAUUUGAAGCAUAUGCUAUUUUCAUGUACUCUCAAAGUGUAUUGAUGUAGAUUUUACUGAAGUAUGUAUUAUAAAAAAACAAACAUGAAUUGAAA